AUGGGGACGCUCCGCACCGAGCGAUGGGCGUCGAACCUCCGCGCGUUCGCGUCCGGCUCCGUCGCGAAAUCGCGCGAACGCUACGCCUCCAUCCGCGAAGACCACGAGUGCGAUCCGAGAGACGACGCGCACAGCCCCUCCGUGAAUAAUCCUCUCAUGCCCGCGUCAGAGGAGACGCCGUGGGCGAAGCACUUCAAAGCGCGCGAAGUCCGCGACCUCGUCGCGAAAGACCUCGAGCGACUGCACCCAGGGGAGGCGUUUUAUAACGCGAAAGACGUCCAGGCGGCGCUGUGCAACGUCCUCACCGCGUGGGCGCUCGUGAAUCCGGAAGUGGGGUACAGGCAAGGGAUGCACGAGCUCGCGUCGCUGAUUUUUUUUUACCGAGCGUCGGACGCCGCCGCGGGGACGGGGACGGGGACGGACGCGGGCGCGACGCACGCGUGGGGAGAGGGCGGGGAUCCGCCGCCGAUGCGACCGAUCGACGCGAACGCGCCGGCGCUGUCGUCGACGUACGUCGAGCACGACACGUACGCGAUGUUCGACGCGUUCUUAGGUCCGACGCGAGACGCGCGGCGGCGGCGGGCGAACGCGAACGAGCGCGGAGACGACGCGACCGGUCCUCCGUUCGUGAACGUCGUCGCGUACUACGAAGACGCGGAGCGCCGCGGCGGCGCGAGCGAAGUCCAGCGCGCGUGCGACAGGGUGUUCGCGGUCCUGGACGAGAUCGACGCGUCCACGAGCGAGCGCAUGCGCGCGCUGGGCGUCGAGCCGCAGUUGUUUUGUCUGCGGUGGCUGCGGCUCGCGUUCACGCGGGAGUUCCAUCUGGACGACGCCGCGAGGGUGUGGGACGCGAUCGCCGACGCGAACGCCGGGGAUGAUCGCGGCGAUGGCCACGCCGCGAUGGAUUUCAUGGAGGCGUUCGCGGUGAGCAUGAUCGUUUUCGUCCGCGGCGACGUCGCCGACGCGGAGGACUUUGGCGGCGUGGUCAAACGGUUGCAAAAGUUUCCCCCCGCGUGCGACAUUGACGUGUUAGUAUCUCGCGCCGGCGUCAUCGCGCCCGCGGUGAAGGCGGUCAGGGAGGGGAAGGACGUCCCGACGGAGGUGCUCGCGCGCGCGGGGAUCGAGCUCGGGAUUCCCGCCAACUCGGUCGCGCCGGGGACGGGGACGGGGACGGGGACGGGGACGUUCCCCGGCGCCGCCGCGUCCGCGUCUGCGUCCGCGUCCGCGAGCGGGAGCGGCGUCGGCGGCGGCGGCGACGACGCGCGGCCGCAGCUCGGCGCGAAAGCGAACGAGUUUUUGAUCAAGGCGAAGGACGCGUCCGCGGGCGUCGGCGCGAGAGCCGCGGAUCUCUUCGCGAACAUCGGCGCGAGGGCCAAGGCGGCUAUGGCCAACGCCGGGCAUUCCGCGAGCGCGACGCCGAGGAAGAACAGCGGCAACGGCAACGGCGGCGAUGGGCGCGGCGUGGAGGUGGUCGAUCAGGCACGGUCGAUGCCACCGUCGCCGAAGGAGCUCGGGAGCGCGUUCGGGGGGUUGGGGUUCUUCGGCGGCGGCGGAGGGAGGGGGGGGGGGGGCGGCGGCGGGACCCCCGCCGAGCGCUUCGAAGCUCGGCGCCGCCGCCGCGCUCGGUAA